CCGAGCCGAGCCGAGCCGAGCCGAGCCGAGCCGAGUCGAGCCGGAGCGGUCCGGUCGCAGCCACGCGCAGCGGGAGCGCCUCAGCCCGCCCCGCAGCCACCGUCCCGUAUGCGCGGCUCCCGGCUCAGCGCUGCCGCGGAGCAGCCGUAAGCAAAGGCAAUCCCCCCACCGCCUGCCCGGGGGGCUGCCGGGGGGCCAUGGGGGUGGCAGGCACCGAGCUGCCAGGCGUGAACGUCAGCGCUAACCAGAGCGCCGCCGACCCCACGCUGUCGCGGGACGUGUGGGUGGUGGGCAUGGGGAUCCUCAUGUCGGUGAUCGUGCUGGCCAUCGUCUUCGGCAACGUGCUGGUGAUCACUGCCAUCGCCCGGUUCCAGCGCCUGCAGACUGUCACCAACUACUUCAUCACCUCGCUGGCCUGUGCAGACCUGGUGAUGGGGCUGACUGUGGUGCCUUUUGGCGCCAGCCACAUCAUCAUGGAGAUGUGGAACUUUGGGAACUUCUGGUGCGAGUUCUGGACCUCCUUGGACGUGCUCUGUGUCACGGCCAGCAUUGAGACUCUCUGCGUCAUUGCCGUGGACCGGUACUUUGCCAUCACCUCUCCUUUCAAGUACCAGAGCCUACUGACCAAGAGCAAGGCACGUGUGGUCAUCCUUGUGGUGUGGGUGGUCUCAGCCCUCACCUCCUUCCUGCCCAUUCAAAUGCACUGGUACCGGGCAGACCGUGAGGAGGCCAUCCUGUGCUAUGAGAGGGAAACCUGCUGCGACUUCUUCACCAACCAAGCCUAUGCCAUUACCUCUUCCAUCAUCUCCUUCUAUGUGCCACUCGUGGUCAUGGUAUUUGUGUAUGCCAGGGUCUUCCAGGUGGCCAAGAAGCAGUUGCAAAAGAUAGACAGGAGCGAGGGCAGGUUUCACACCCAGAACAAGGAGCAGGAGCAGAAAGGGGGAGCUGGGCACCGCCGUUCCUCCAAGUUCUUCUUGAAGGAGCACAAGGCCCUCAAGACCCUGGGCAUCAUCAUGGGCACCUUCACGCUGUGCUGGCUGCCCUUCUUCAUCGUCAACAUCGUGCACGUCAUCCAGGACGACAUCAUACCCAAGUAUGUGUACAUCCUUUUGAAUUGGUUGGGUUAUGUCAACUCUGCCUUCAACCCUUUGAUCUACUGCCGGAGCCCCGACUUCAGGUAUGCCUUCCAGGAGCUGCUGUGCCUCCGCAGGUCAGCCCUGCAGAUGUAUGCUAAUGGCUACUCCAACAGCAACGGCAGGAACGACUACAAUGAGGAGGACAACGGCUACCCCCUGGCAUCGGAUAAAACCUGCGAGUUGCUCUGCGAAGAGGGUUCCUUCCCUCACCCCGAGGGCUUUUUGCACUGCAAAGAGAUCCCUGGGUGUCCAGGAAUGGUUGAGAGCUGAAUGGGCUGAUCUCUCUUCCUCACCAUCCUGAGCUCAUGAGGGCUCUGAAGAGAUAGAGCAGGAGCAUGACCUUGCUUCUCCUGAGCCUGGGGAUGCUGUGGGAAGUGAUUGCCUUGGCAAAUGUCUUCAUCCCAACCCAUAGCCCAUCGUGCAUCAUCUGAAGGAGAAGCUGAUGAAGGAUAACCAGAGGACCAGGAAAGGCACUGCUAGCCUUGGAGGAAACAGAUGGGGGACCGGCACUGAGAGGCACUUUGCAGGAGUCCCUGCAUGUGAAACCAGCUCUGGGAGUAAGCUACAGGAGCCCUGUGAACUGAAGGAGGUGAAUGACCAGGUCACCAGAAAACAUGCAGAAGGGCACAGCAACUUUGGAAAGCACUUUCAAAAGAGAAGGGGGUAUCAGGACCACGUGGCUGGUGUGGAAGAGGCAGAGCAAAGUCCCUGCCUCACAGUCAGGUCAGGAGACUGUCAGGAUGUGCUCAACAGCUGCCUGUCCACAUGCUGGCUGGGGUUCCAGAUGAAAGAGGAAUCUGACCAAGACUGAGAGAGAAGCAAAGUGGAAGAUUGCUUUGACUUAUUCUGUGCUUGUUUCUCCUUCUGGUGUCUUCUCUGUCUACCUCUUUUUCUCUCUAGGAAUACAUGUACUACAUGUGGGGCCCAGGCCCUCACAAACAAGCAGAAGUAUUAGCACAGGGCAAAUGCUGCCCAGUGCACAUCUGUGCUGCCCAGUGCAGUGCUGCUGCUAGAUGGGGCUGACAUUGCACAGUGCAGCAUAACGUGGCCUUUGUUUGCUCCUUAACGCCACCAAAUCUGCAACUGUAAUGUCUGGACUUCAGAUAGGAGAAAGGCUUGAGCCUGACAAUCCUUUCCCUUGCCAGCAGUCACAGGCUAGCGUGGCCACCCACACUUGAGAACCAAGGUUUAACAGCUGAGCCCCAAAACAUUUCAGAGCAUCCAUUGCUCUCCUGCAGCUGUGGAAAUGAGCAUGCAGGCAGGCUGCACACCCAGCUGCUGCACCCUGGAUUGUGGGAAACUCACUGAGAAGAGAGAGACAGAAACAAAGGGAGUGACAGGGGCUCAGGCAGAAAAUAGUAGGAAAGACUGAUUCAAAACCAUAGGAAAAUGUGCACUUCUUAAUUGCAGGUGGUGCCCCAGAGUCAGACUCUCAUGCCCAGCUGAGUGGCUGCAGCUCUUCUCACCGAGCUGCUCCCUGAGGCCUGGGCAAAACCUGCUGGUACCGACCUGUGCCAGGAGCCCCAUCUCACAACUUCCCUCCUGGGCUUCCAGCUGCAAACCCCUUCCCUCAUGUGCAAUCCUAUUUAUUUAUUUAUUCUCUUGCUGCUUAAUGCAAAGCUGCUACCUGGUCACCCUCCCCACUGACAUGAGCAGCCCGAGGGGCUGAUGUUUGCCCUGAGCAGGCUGGGGCUGGGCAGGCACACAGGGUGUGUGGAUGAGGCAGGAGGAAAAGGCUGCAGUUAAACCAGAAAGCCUGGAAGCAACUUGCCCAGAGACACGUAGCCUGCACAAGCAGCUCUCCCAGUUGUAAUGAAGCAAACUUACUAUGUGUACAUCCUGGCUUUGGACACACACAGGGGGCUAUCUCCCCAGCCAGGCUCUUUCCCCACGGUGUGCUCACAGAGGCUUGGUACCUGGCAGCCUUUUCUGCUCUGUCCAAAAGAGAUAUCCAUGUACAGAUCCAUUUAGCACAGCCAAUUUGAGACCGGCAGGCAGGAGCCUCUCUCCAGGACAAUGCUGUAGCUGGGCUCUGAUGGUUUAUGCUCAGCCUUGGCUCAUCCUGCCCAUUUUGUUAAAAAACUGGCAUGCCAGCAGCAUCUGCUCAUGGUCAGGUGUCCCAUUUUAUGGACAGCCUGUGUAUCCCAGAGCAGAGGGGACUGUUUGUUUGGGAGAGGAAGGCUCUCCUGUGCCCUGAUGCUCUCCCACAGCUCCCACACUCGGGAAGGAGCCAGGGUGCCUGGGCAUCCUUUGGCAGGGCUCCCAGCUGCUCCAGAGGAGCCUGGCUUCUCCCAUACCCUUCCCUCUGAGAGUCCCACCAAGGCUUUGUCCAAACCUGUGUGGCUGCUGAAUGGAAAUAUUUCCCAACCAAAACCUGUUCCUCAGAAGACUCCUGGCUAGCCCUAAGUUCUCUCAUGUGCAAGAGCAGGUUGCAGUAAGUGAAACAGAUAGACUUGCUCUGACAGUUUGCCAGCAUGGCCCCAGAGCAAUGGCCUGCUUAUUGCUGAUUGCUUCCUUGCAGAGUUGUAGAAGUUGGAGAUAGAAGAGAGGUAUUGCAAAUCCAUCUGCCUAUGACCCUUCGGGCUCGUUCCAUGUAUUACAUUUACCAGCGGUGUGCUGGGUCUAUUUUUAAAUGCCCUGACACCAGGGUUAUUGUGCUGUCCUUUGGGAGAUUGCUCUGUAGUCCGAGUCAGGAGCUGCUAUUAGUAUUCCACUUGCAUUUCCUGCUGAAAACUUCAUUCCAUUAUUCAUAGUGAUGCUCUUCAAAUACCUGCUGCUCCUUAAGUCCCAGUCAGGCUCUACCACUUGACCUGCUCUCUUCUUUCCUCCUCCAAGAAGCUCUCUGGCUCCCUGAUCACUGCCAUUCGCUGUGCUUCCCAGAGCUGGGCACAGAGUGAAGCUGUUUGUUAAUUCAGAGUGUGUCAGGGAUCCAUACCCACACGCAGAGCAGCCAGGACCUCUGGCAAUGGCUCCAGUAGCUCUGGAGCUGCUCUCUCCCUCAUUGCACGGAGCGCUGGAGAGGAGCAGAUGCAGAGAUGUGUCCAAAAGCAGAGCAAGCCUUGGCAAUCCUAUCCGGCAGGAUAGGCUCCUCCUGUCCAGCGGGAGCCAACACCUGCUAGGGACAGAACACAUCAAAGUCUCCAUCUCCAAGCUGAGCCAUGGAGGUGGAUGAUGCUUCAGUUUUGCCUCUGCAGCCGCAACCCGGCGAUCACUGGGGAGCUGUGCCGUGGCAGCCAGCUGGUGUCUGUUCCUGCCUGGAAAUCACACUCAUGAGCCAGAGCUGCAGCUCAGAGGGAGGAAGCCCUGAGCCCUGUGAGCAGCACAGGGGCUCAGCAGGCUCAGAACACGUGGGGCACUUGCUCGGGGAGCCUUUGUGUGGGGCGCUCGGCUGGGGCACCAUUGUGUCUGUAAGAGCUCUGUUCUUCUCACCGAACAAAUUGUUCCUACAAAUAAAGAAUGAAAAACC